ACCUGUUGGUUGUUCGUUCCCGUGCUUCGCUACCUUUUCUUCCCGAACCUCCCAAAUCUUCUUCAUCUUCUUCUCGAUCGUGUUCUUGGUUCGCGUAUCAAAACGCUGCGUUUCGAGCUUCCAUUUUCAAAACACACGUUGAUUAUUCUCUCUGCAUUUCCAUAGAAACUCGCGAUUCGCAAUUUGAAGAUCUGUGCUGUGACGAGCCUUCGCGUACGUCGAGCUUGGGUGGUGAUCGGAAGGUGAAUAUCUCAGGCGGCCGCGUACGGAGGCGACGAUAGCGGCGGCGUUUCUAGCUGGUGGAGGAGGUGGGUAAUUGUGAUCGGAGAAGAGAAUGCUGUAUUUGAAGCAGCCUAGGAUUUCGCAGAGCAUGGAGUUAUUGUUGGUUGUUUGCGUUUCUGUGUGUGGUUGUUGCUGUGAUUUCUCCUCCACCUUGUGUUAGAGGUGGUGAUCGUGUGAAGGGAAAUUCAGGUGGUUGCUCUUUGCAUGCAAUUUUGAUGGUUUCCCUCUGAGCCUGUGGCUCGGGGGAUCUGAGGAUAGCUAUGGCGUCGUCAGAGAAUGAGGCUUCUUCUCCAGUUGCUUCUGUACCUGCCUGUAUGAACAAGUUUAGGCUCUAUGAGACUCUAUCGAACUUUUACAUGAUAGGUAGGGACAAGAACAGGACAUGUUGGAGAGUGCUAAAGAUUGAUCGGCAAGAUCCAGCUGAACUAAAUGUGUGUGAAGAUUCCACCACAUAUACAGAAAAUGAAUGUUCUGACCUGUUGAGGCGUAUCCAUGAGGGGAACAAGUCCACAGGUGGACUGAAAUUUGUUACAACUUGUUAUGGAAUUGUUGGGUUCGUAAAGUUUUUAGGGCCGUACUACAUGCUGCUUAUCACCAAAAGAAGGCAAAUUGGUGCAAUCUGUGGUCAUGCAGUAUAUGCUGUCUCAAAGAGUGAGAUGAUUCCACUACGGAAUUCUUCGGCUAAUUCUAACAUCACGGAUGCUAAAAAUGAAAACAGAUACAAGAAGCUGCUAUGCAUGGUCGACCUUACAAAGGACUUCUUUUUCAGCUACUCUUACCAUAUUAUGCGUAGUCUUCAAAGGAACUUGUGUGAGAAUGAGACUGGCCAUGUCCUUUAUGAGACCAUGUUUGUCUGGAAUGAGUUUUUGACCCAAGGAAUUAGGAAUCACCUCCAGAAUACUGUUUGGACAGUUGCACUAGUGUACGGCUUUUUUAAACAGGACACACUCACAAUAUCUGGGCGGGAGUUCAUACUGACGCUCAUUUCAAGACGAUCACGCCAUUAUGCUGGCACUAGGUAUUUGAGACGAGGUGUUAACGAGAAGGGCAGAGUAGCUAAUGAUGUUGAGACAGAACAAAUUGUAUUUGAGGAUGUCCCUGAGGGUCUCCCGGUCCAAAUAAGCUCUGUGGUCCAGAAUCGGGGCUCAAUCCCUCUUUUCUGGUCACAGGAAACUUCACGUCUAAAUCUUAAACCAGAUAUCAUAUGUAUUUCUUCUGAUUUCCUGAAUAUUGUAUUACUUUUGACUUGCAGUAUGUUUCUCUUAUAUUUUCUACAUCAGUGCAGUCAGCAUAUGUAUGCUUAUGUGGUCAUUUGUUCUUCCCCAGUGUCAAAGAAGGAUCAGAAUUAUCAAGCUACCAGACUUCACUUUGAAAAUCUUGUCAAAAGAUAUGGGAACCCCAUAAUAAUUUUGAAUUUGAUAAAGACUCGUGAGAGGAAGCCUCGCGAGUCCAUACUUCGUACAGAGUUUGGUAACGCUAUUGAUUUCAUCAACAAAGAUUUACCGGAGGAGAACAGGCUUAGGUUCCUUCAUUGGGAUCUGCACAAACAUUUUCAGAGCAAAUCCGCAAAUGUUUUGCUACUUCUCGGCAAAGUGGCUGCGCAUGCCUUGACACUAACAGGUUUUUUCUACUGCCAAGUGACACCAACUUUUAGACCAGAAGACUGUAUAAAAUGGCCAUCUACUGAUUUUGCAUGCGGCAAUGCUGAUGAGGGAAGCUUUCAACCCACAAGACAUGUGGGUGUUGACGAAGAGGAUGCUAAUAAUAUAGGGAGGAAACCUAGUGGAGAAAACAAUGUUAUUAAUGGAAACCAUUCUCUCAAGCAGCCUAUGUUCCAGAGGGGGGUUCUCAGGACCAAUUGCAUAGACUGCAUAGAUCGGACAAAUGUUGCACAAUAUGCAUAUGGGUUGGCUGCACUUGGUCACCAGCUUCAUGCUCUGGGAAUUAUUGAUCACCCAAAAAUUGACCUUGAUGAUCCUCUCGGUGAUGAUUUGAUGAGAUUUUAUGAACAGAUGGGUGACAUACUUGCACACCAGUAUGGUGGUUCUGCUGCACACAACAAGAUAUUCUCUGAGAGGAGGGGACAAUGGAGAGCUGCAACACAGUCUCAGGAAUUUUUCAGGACUCUUCGACGCUAUUACAGCAAUGCAUACAUGGAUGCUGAGAAACAAAAUGCUAUUAACGUAUUCCUGGGGCAUUUUCAGCCACAACAGGGUAAACCUGCUCCAUGGGAGUUGGGUUCAGAUCAACAUUAUGAUGUAGAGAAGCACGGGGAUGAUGAUGCGAGCUUAUGUGGUAACUCCGAAGUAUGGUUUUUUAGGUCCAUUGUCAAAAUUUGUUUCUCAGAUGGAAGCAUUCUUCACGACAGUUCUACAGCUUUGUCUGCCCAAAAUCCCAAGCUGGAAAAAUUCUCAAAGCUUGGAUUGGUUGACCAAUCUAAAGAAGGAAGUGAGGUUUUUUGUGAGUCAUCGCCUGAAAUAUCAACUUCUGAGAGUGACAUGUCAUUUUCAAGGUCCACUCCCUCAGUGCCUCGGAGACAUCUUUUUGGAGACAUACAAAGAGAGCACUGCCUUGAAACUGAUCAUAUUCUGUAUUCUGGGCAUAAGGGGUUAUCCAGCUCCUCCAACUUUGUUGACUUAGACUGUCUAUCUUUUUCAGGAAAUUCAUGUGAAGAAGAGCCAUUUGAGAGGUCGUCGAUUACAAACUCAACUGUUGCUGGGUUUUCUUCAGAAAAUGUUGUUAAUGGAGUUAUUAUUGGAGGAGAUACAACUCCCUCCACUAGUGAUUUGGACUCCAGCUCUAAGGGAAGCCAUAGUGGACGGUCCAAAGUUCUAGAGGAAUUUCCUGAUACUUUUGUACACUGGGUGACUAAUGGACAGACACUCCAUUGAAUGUUCACAAUUGAUCCUUUACAUUGAUAUAUAAUGUAAAAUCAUUUAAUUAACUGGGAUUGUCCUGAAGAUGCUCGACUAGAGAGCUUAUCAUACAGAAGCGGCUAAAAGAAAGAAACAGGCUUCCAAUCAAAGCCUCUCUGUGAUGCUGAUCCAAGAAAAAUCGUAGAUUUUCAUCGUAUUGACUCGCAGCAUUAAUUCUAUCACGGAAUUAUCGAUUCUUAAGGUAUAGUAAGAAAUAGUAAAUAGCAAAAGGUUGUAACAUUUUUUUCUUCACUUUAAUUUCAUCAGUUCAUGAUCACUCUAGGUGCAUUUCUUGUAUAUAUUGUUAGAGUCUAUUUUCUGAGCUCCACUUCAGAAUUGCAAAUGAUUGAUCCUUUUAAAUAAUUUCGCCUCUUUAA